UACUCCGAAAUGUAUCAACUAACUUACUUUCCUAUUCGAGGAAGAGCUGAACAUAUUCGCCUAUUUCUAGAAGACCUUAAAAUACCAUAUGAAAGCAAGAUAGUCAAUUUUGAAGACUGGGAAAGUUAUAAAGCCAAACAUAGUGGUACAGAGAAACUUCCUUUUGGACAGUUUCCGAUUUUUCAAGAUGGCAACCUACACCUGGCUCAGAGCGGAGCGAUUGCAAGAUACUUGGCCAGAAAACAUGACAAAUAUGGAAAAACAGAUGAAGAGAAGGCUUUAAACGAUAUGCUGUUUGAUAUGGCUGUCGAUAUCCAUAGCAUAUACCUAAAGCACAUAUAUGAUCCUCAACGGAAACAGAAAAUGGAUAUCUUUGUACAAGAAGCAAAAGGAAAGUUAGAAUUGGUAGAAAAGUUUGUGAAUCGCAGAGGAAAUAAGUUUGUUGUUUGUAAUGAGCCUACUCUUGCAGAUUAUUAUAUGUUUGAGGUGUUGGACAUUCUUUUGAGAGAAGAGAAGACGAUACUUGAUUCUUAUCCUAAGCUAAAGGGAAUUCAUAAUCAGAUGAAAAAUCGUUCUCAUAUUGCUGCAUUCUUAAAGUCCGAUCGUCGGUUCGACAAACCAGUUGCAGUGUCAGAUGCUUGAGUAUUAUUUGUAUUGCAAAAAUGAGAGAGUGUCAAUGUUUGUUUUUAGUAUAAUAAAAGUAUUUGUUUUUCA